AUGGUCCUGCAAGCCAUUCAAUAUGAACCAGUGUCCGCAUCCUUGCCUCCGACCCUGCGCAUCCUCGACCAGCUUCUGCUGCCUCAUAGAACAAUUUACGUGGAGAUUACCAACUGCGAGGAAGCCCAUGCUGCGAUAAAACAAAUGAAAGUGCGAGGAGCACCCGCGAUCGCGAUUGUCGCUGCCCUUGCCCUUGCUGUGGAGGCUGGGACACUGGCCGCGGCGGGAAAACUGCCCACGUCAGCGGAGGAGGUGAGAGCGAUGUUAGGCGAACGGUUGGAAUAUUUGAAAACAAGCAGACCGACAGCAGUCAACCUGGGUGAUGCGGUAGGCAAGCUGAAGGUGGUAGUAAAAAUGGCCACAACUGAGCCGACAGCAACUGCGAACUCCGUCGUGCAAAUGUACAUUGCCGCUGCUGAACGAAUGCUGGAGGACGACGUGUCCGACAAUAAAGCCAUUGGUGAACAUGGGGCUCGUUGGAUUGAGGAAAAUACCGUGGCUGGGAAGCGGAGAAAACUUGACAAGGAGAAGGAGUUGAAGGUCCUCACACACUGCAAUACUGGGUCAUUGGCAACUGCAGGUUAUGGAACUGCCCUCGGUGUGAUCAGAUCCUUGAGAAACGCCGACAUGCUCACCCGGGCAUAUUGCUCAGAAACCCGCCCCUAUAAUCAAGGUUCUCGGCUGACGGCAUACGAACUUGUCCACGACAAGAUACCAGCAACCCUGAUCACGGACUCGAUGGCCUGUGCUCUGUUGGCCAGAGAAGGAAACCAACUCGCCGCUAUUGUCGUUGGAGCCGACCGAGUCGCAGCAAACGGCGACACCGCCAACAAGAUUGGAACUUAUUCCCUUGCGGUCCUCGCCAAGCAUCACAGCGUCAAGUUUUUGGUCGCUGCCCCGAGAACGACCAUUGACCUUGCGACGGCUUCGGGGGAAUACAUUGUAAUUGAAGAACGAGCGCCGGAAGAAGUCACUAGAAUGAAGGGGCCCAAAGUCACGACGGACGGGAAGUUACUGAUUGACGAGGGGUCAGAAAUCAUCAGCAUUGCCGCCGUUGGGAUUGAUGUAUGGAAUCCUGCUUUCGAUGUGACUCCAGCGGAGCUUAUCGAUGGUGUCAUUACCGAGGUUGGGGUGGUAGAGAAGGUCAACGGGAAGUUUGAUUUUAGAUCUAUUUUUCAACAGUCUUGA